AUGUUGCCUCAAAACAAGGGCCAGGCGCUGCUACAGAACACAGUGCCGCCAGGGUGUCCCCCUCAGGUCCUCUCACAGUUCCUGGACUCCCCUCUAUCCAACUUAGCAUCUCUCUCCCCCCACCAGUCCCUCCCUCCUUCCCACCUUCCUUUGCCCUCUCCCACACAGGCCUAUUUCCCCUUCUCUACUCUGCCACAGCCCCAUUCUCCUGGCUCUCACUUCUUCUCUUCUGACUCAAAUUCUGACUUUGUUCCUCUCCCAUACUCUUCGUCUCUCCCUAGUUCCCCCACUUUCUUUAAUCAAAACUACACUUGUCUUCCCUCUCCACACUCAUCCGCUUCCCCCAACUACCAGCUCUGUCUGUCUCCUCCUCUUACCCGCUGCUCCUCUUCUCUUUCCCAGGUACAAAAUUCCCCUCCUGGCCCUUGCCAGUCUCCUUCCCACCUCCAGGACGUUCAUAGUCCCACGAUCACUUCCCCCAGCCCCAGCUCACCUACUCGAGGGAUUCCCAGUAACAAACAAACAUGGCAGUGGCCUCAAUCCAGAAACACCAGGUCCCCUGGGGAGGCAGGGGGAUGCGUGGCAAGCAAGGUGGACCCUGCAGAAUUCAAGGACCCAGGGGCCCUCGCCCGAGCCCUAGUCGUCCAUGUGGGGCACCGCAGAAUUGCACGAGACCUGCAGCUGCUGUUUCUGCAGCGCCUGUGGCUAGGCCCAACCCACCAGGCCCCAGUCGUAGAGUAUCCCGUUUGUCUAGUGUGCCUCCAGCCCCGCACCCCAUCUUGCCCCAUCCCCAAGUACAAGACAGGGCCGCGGCUGGUUGCCUUCCCUCAACUACUAAUGCCUUGCACCCAGGGCCAGGAUUCUGGGCCUCUCCGCAUAGGCAUCGGCUUCGGCCUCCGCUUGCCUCGGGGCCAGGCCAAGGCCUUGCAUUUGCUGCCAGAAAAAAAGCGGCGGGGAGUAAGACCUCAGGGAGAGGUCCUCAGGAGUCAAACUCCGGCAACCCAGGCACCAGCAGCUCAAGUCACCGGGACACUCUCCCAAGUCGGGAGCCUCAGGUCUGCAGGCCUCCAACCACCAAAAUCCAACCAGUGUUCCAGGCCUCCACCUCAGGCACCAAGACAGGCCACUGCCCUCCCAAAGCCCAGGCCUUCUCCUGCCCCAAAGAGGUCUCCAGAAUCUACUCUUCGAAAGUCGCCAUCUUAAUUCCAGAGCAGCGCAGACCCUCUGGAACACCCCCUCCAAACCCUACCCUCCCUACCAGGUCGUCUCAGACCUUGGGAAGCCACAGAAACACCUUGAAGGGCUGGCUGGCAGGGGGCCAGGUGUGUUCUCCAGCCUUGAACCCUGGGAACCCCUUGUGGAGUCUGCUCUCCCCUGGUUGAAGAGGACCGGAGGCACCCGGGACCCCAU